UUAGUAAACCUGAAGAAGAAGAAGAAGUUGUUGGUUGAUAGUAAUUCAGAAAAACAAGUUUUGAAGAAGAAUUCAUCUUCUAAAGGUCCUUACGAUCCCUCGAAACGAAACAGAUACUUAUCAUGGGAUGACUAUUUUAUGGCAAUUGCAUUUCUAUCAGCUGAGAGAUCCAAGGAUCUUAACAGGCAGGUAGGGGCAUGCUUAGUUAGUCAAGAUGAUAUCAUACUCGGCAUCGGCUACAAUGGGUUUCCGCGUGGUGGUUCUGAUGACAAACUUCCAUGGUCGAAAAAAUCCAAAAAUGGUGAUCCUUUGGAGACAAAAUAUCCUUAUGUUUGCCAUGCUGAAGUCAAUUGCAUCCUGAACAAGAAUCAUGCAUCUGCUGCAAGACAGGUUAGAAGACAUCAGCCAAGAAUGAAUCAGAUUUCACUCAGUUUUCACGAGACUUAAAACCUAAUUUCCUGUGUUCAUUUUCAAGAAGCCGACACGCUCUUCUUACUGGCCAACUCGGCUCAAGUAAUAUCCUUUAAGUCUUUGGUAUCUUUUCGAACGUGUUGUAAGUAUUUCUUCUUUUUCCGAAUCAACGCCCAAGUUCCUGACUGUUCUCUAUCUGUUCUCGGGGUUAUGGGUUUGUAAGAGACUUAUUGGGAAGAAACAAUAUGUUAUUGGCAUCUCUUAAUUGAUAA